CGGUGUGGGCGCGGCGUGUGCGGCAGGCUGGGCUGCACCGCAGCGCAUACACUACAAUGGCUGCUGGAAAGACGGGAAAGCAAACAAUUUCCAGGCCCGCCGCGUCCAGCCCGAAAUAUGGGGAAAAAAUUACAGAAAAAUCGGAGAACACUGUAAAGGGUGGAAACGGGGCGCAGAGGGGAUGCUGAGGCUCCCGCGACCAGUAAAAAUGGGAAGUACUGGAUUCUGGUUUCCUCCAAGAAGAGUCAGCGGAACUGGUUAAGAGCAAAAUCUGAGGACUUUAGUGGGCAAACAUCAGUCCCCUUUUGCUUUCUUUUACGACCACAUGAAACUUGAGAAGCCAUCUAAAGCUAAAUCAUUUAGUGGAGUUGGGCAAUUCCCAAGUGUCCAACAAGAAGGCCUGGUUUAGGCUGCGAUGGCCACUGUCAUUCCUGGUGAUUUGUCAGAAGUAAGAGAUACCCAGAAAGUCCCUUCAGGGAAACGUAAGCGUGGUGAAACCAAACCAAGAAAAAACUUUCCUUGCCAACUGUGUGACAAGGCCUUUAACAGUGUUGAGAAAUUAAAGGUUCACUCAUACUCUCACACAGGAGAGAGGCCCUACAAGUGCACACAACAAGACUGCACCAAGGCCUUUGUUUCUAAGUACAAAUUACUAAGGCAUAUGGCUACUCAUUCUCCUGAGAAAACCCACAAGUGUAAUUAUUGUGAGAAAAUGUUUCACCGAAAAGAUCACCUAAAGAAUCACCUACAUACACACAAUCCCAACAAAGAGGCCUUUAAGUGUGAAGAAUGUGGAAAGAACUACAAUACCAAGCUUGGGUUCAAACGUCACCUGGCUUUGCAUGCUGCAACAAGUGGUGACCUCACCUGUAAGGUAUGUUUGCAGACUUUUGAAAGCACAGGAGUGCUGCUGGAGCACCUAAAAACUCACGCAGGCAAGUCAUCGGGUGGAGUGAAGGAGAAAAAACACCAGUGUGAACACUGUGAUCGUCGGUUCUACACCCGAAAGGAUGUCCGCAGACACAUGGUAGUGCACACUGGAAGAAAGGACUUCCUCUGUCAGUACUGUGCACAGAGAUUUGGGCGGAAGGAUCACCUCACGCGCCACAUGAAGAAAAGUCACAACCAGGAACUUUUGAAGGUCAAAACAGAGCCAAUGGACCUUCUAGAUCCCUUUACCUGCAAUGUUUCUGUGCCUAUUAAGGAUGAGCUGCUUCCAGUGAUGUCUUUACCUUCCAGUGAACUGACAUCAAAGCCAUUUACAAACACUUUGCAAUUAAAUCUCUACAACACUCAGAUUCAGUCCAUGCAGAGUUCUGCAUCUGCACACCAAAUGGUUGCCACAUCGUUACCAUUGGGAAUGCCUUGUCCAAUAGAUAUGGAGUCUGUCCACCCUUCUCACCAGCUAUCAUUGAAAUAUCCGCUCGGUACUACCUCAUACGCAAUUUCUAUGCCUGAAAAAGAACAGCCAUUGAAAGGGGAAAUUGAAAGUUACUUAAUGGAGUUGCAAAGUGGUAUGCCUUCUUCAUCCCAGGAUUCUCAAGCAUCUUCAUCAAAACUAGGGCUGGAUCCACAAGUAGGGCCACUAGAUGAUGGGUCUGGGGAAGUUUCCCUUUCCAAGGGCUCUGUUCCUAUUAGUGAACCUCUAAACGCCCCAUCAUUGGACUUUUCUCAGCUGUUCAACUUCAUACCUGUAAAUGGCCCUCCCUAUAAUCCUUCUGUUUCAGUGGGAAACCUCGGAAUGAGUUAUACGCAAGAAGAGGCACAUUCUUCUAUGACUCAACUUCCACCACAAACCCAGGAUCCACAAGAUCCUAGCAAUAGUAUAGGUCUUGGGUCUCUGCACUCAUUGUCAGCAGCUUUCACAAGCAGUCUAAGCACAACCACCACCCUACCACGAUUUCAUCAAGCUUUCCAAUAGUAUGUACAAAGCUGGCUUGUUACUGUCUAUUUGUAGAAAUGCCUUAGGUGACCAUUUUUAACUUAGUGCCUACUAUAAGACAUUAUAAAUUCUCUGCUUUUGUACAGUACCAAUCUCAUGAAGCCAGUAAGAAAUUUAAAUUAACUUUUUUAAAAUGUUUUGAAAGUGUUUAUUCUCAGCUGUGUUUACUUUGGUUUUUGUUUUGUUUUGUUUUGUUUUUAAACAGUCUCAUUGUAUUGUUUUCAUAUUCACUGCCAAUUUACACAUUUAAAAUGUUCAGUAGAAGGUCAUCCCAAGCAAACUCUCAACACUCAUCCCUUUUUUAAAAAGUUUUUUAAGCAUACCAGCUAUUCUGUUUUGUUGAUGUCAGUGGUAGAACCGCCACUUUUAACUUUUAAUAUAUUUUACUAUUUGCAAAUAAUCCAGUUAAAAUAUGUAUCACAAAUAUUCCUGAAGAUUUGUGAAAAAAAAUCUCCAGUCCAUUUCCAAACAAAUCCUCUUCCCAAAUGUUGACACAUCUGACCCCUUCUGUAAUGACAAAUCUAAAUUUUUUAAUUAAAUAUAGAAUUCAGAUUUUUCUGAAAACUUGUGUGUGUAUAUAUAGAAGUCCAUAUAUACACAUGUACAUAUAUACAGCAUUUUGACUUGUAUUGAAGUCAUUAUAAAAGUUGUUAAGAAUUUUGCCAUUUUGUGGCUUAAAUUUUUGUGGCCUGUUAUGGAUAACAGAAAAAAAAAUAAUUUACUUUAAUUCUCUAAAAUUAUGGCUGAACAGAAUUUCAACAGAGAAUCUCUGCUUGCCUAAUGUUUGACAAAUGUUUCAAGUUGAAUUUGGAACUGUGUUGUUAUGCUUUCGUGACUCUGGUAUAGGGAAACAGGCAAAAUUAAUGGCUGAUCUUGAAAUAUAAAAGUGUUGUAAUGUAGUAAUGCAGAAUAUUUUGUCGCAGUUUUUGUUUUACUUCUUAACUUGCUGUUUUUUUCUCUUUAGUAGCAUAGAAAGAGUACUGCAUAGGAAUCUUCCAGUAGUGUAUUCACAUUUGUAGGCAUCAGUCUUCUCCCAGCUGCCACCACCAAAGGGUGGAUCAAGUCCAGCCAGAAAGUGUGUAUCUAUUUUCAGUUCAAAACUAGUGUGCAGUCAGAGAGUGAAUGUAAAUUUGCAACUACCAGGUUUUUUUUUG